CCAAAAACUCACUGUGUAUUCCUCUUUGUCUGUAAUAAAAGCACUGCUUUUUUCUCUCUCUCUCUCUCUUAUUUGGGCCCCUCAUCACUAGUCACUGUAGCUGUGUGUAAGCUGAUAUUAAUAUUUAGUGCUUCACUAGCUAAAACCCACCUCCAAAACUAGGUUCUAGCACUCUCUAGCGAGCUAAGCCAUUAGCUACCUAUUCUCUUUCUCUCUAUCCCUCUGACUAUCUCCUCUUCCUCUUCUCAUAUUCCUCUAUCUUCUCUUCACCACUCACUAACUCAGCUCCCUAAAUUAAUCAAUCAGUUUACUCUUUUUUCUUUUGUCCACUAGUAAUUCAUGAUUUGUUUCUCUCCCCCAUUUUUAGCCAAAGACUGUCUCCUCUUUCUUACAUCCUCUUAGUUUGGCUUUAAUCUGCUAUGGAAACCGAAGGUGCUGUUUGCUACUGUUUAAGCUCAUGAGCAAGAUUCUCAAAGGGAAGUUGGCGUGUUCAUCCUGCUGCUGUUUCCUUCUUUCUUUCUCGAUUUCUAUUUCUAGUGGGAUCCAAAAGGAAGAAAGAAAAAAUAGGUUUACUUCUCUACUAGCUUUGUCUCAUCUUCUUAUUGAUUUUCCAACCAUCAUUUUCCUUCUUGGGAAGUCUUUGAGUGGUGACCCCCCUUCACUCCCUCCCUCCUUCUCCCCCCUCUAUGUGUAUCUCUUUCAAAUGAUAGAGAUAUGUUGAGUCUACAGAGAAAAGGUGGUUUGAUUUGCUUAGAUUAGUUUCCAACUUUCUGGGUGUAGUACACUAGUAUUUGCUUGUUCUUUCUCUUUCCUUCUAAGUUGAGAUCAGCUGAUGAUAUAUAUGUAUGUAUGGAUAUGUAUAUUCAAAGUUGAGGUGGCUGAUGACCUUUUAGUUGGCACUUUGUUCUUUGAUCAAAAGGAUUUAAUAUUAGCCCUAAGAGGAGGCCCCAUAUCCCAGAGUUCAAACUUUCUUUCCCCUCUUCUCUCCCCUCUCCAUUUUGUUUGCUUCACUAAAAGCUAGAGAGCAUAAUUGUCAAAAAAUUAAACUCCUAGGUAUUUGAGGAGCCAAAAACUAACCACUUUUUAGUUCUAAUCAUUCAAGCUCGAGCCAAGCCUCCUAUUUCUCUAUCUUGUUCCUUCUCUUUUGGUCUCCAAUUACCAAACAAACAAGACCCAAAUCAUUAAAAUAAUACCUAGAGGAAAAAGAGAAAGAUCUAGCUAGGACUGAUUAUAUAAUGGAACUUUCAAGUCAAGAAGCUGGGGAGAUCCCAAUCCCAAUAAAUAGUUCCUAUGGUGGUGGGCAUGGGCAUGGGCACAUGAUCCAUCAUAAUCAUCAUCAUCAUGACCCUGCAGCAGCAGCAGCAGCAGCAGCAGUAGUGCCCCACAACCAUUCCAAUUUGAUUCCCUCCUCAGCCGUGCCCCAAAAUCAAAAUCCCUCCAACACUAAUGGCUCUUCCAUGCCCACAAGCCUAGAUCAUCAUCACCAUCACCACCAUUCUCAUCCUCAUCAUGAGGAGGAGGAGCAUGUGAACAUUGUGCCCUACAGCUGUAAGAAAGUGGGGGUGAAGUACAAAGAGUGCCUCAAGAACCAUGCAGCAGCCAUGGGAGGGACUGCAACUGACGGGUGUGGUGAAUUCAUGCCCAGUGGAGAAGAAGGCACCAUUGAAGCUCUCAACUGCUCAGCCUGCAACUGUCACAGAAACUUCCACAGAAAAGAAGUAGAAGGUGAGCAGCAGCCCUCCCCCUCCUCUUGGGAUCAUAACUUUCAUCAUACUAUCAACAGGGUUGGGGUUGGAAGCAGGAAGUUCCUAUUAGGCCCUGGCCAUCACAAGAAUUUACUAGCAGCCCCCCCAGAGGGUUUAGGGUACCAUACAAUGCCCUCAUCAAGAACAGCAGCACCCCACCAGAUGAUAAUGUCUUACAACAUGGGAAUGGGAAUGGGGAUGGGUAUGGGGGCCCUCCCUUCAGAGUCUGAUGAACAGGAGGAGCAUGAUGGUGGUGGGGUUGUGGGCAGGCCAGCAGCAGCACAGCUAGCAAAGAAAAGGUUCAGGACAAAGUUUACACAGGAGCAGAAGGAAAAAAUGUUCAACUUUGCUGAGAAAGUUGGGUGGAAGAUUCAGAAGCAAGAAGACUCUGUGGUACAAAACUUCUGCCAGGAGAUUGGGGUCAAGAGAAGAGUUCUCAAGGUUUGGAUGCACAACAACAAACACAAUCUUGCCAAGAAGAAUCCCCCACCACCCCCACCCCCACCCCCACCUGCUUAAUAUCAAUUAAUAAAAAAUUAAUUACCAUCUCUCUCAUCAUCCUCUUUCAGUUUGUGCUUAACUCUACCAGUAGUUAGCUUAUAGUACUGAUUAUCAUAUUUAAUUUACCACGUCUUUUUCUAUUUUAUUUUAUAAUUUUGUCCUCUUUGAUAUUUU